GUCCAAGCAUUUGACCUUGCCCGGCACCAUGUUUACGGAAGUGAGUGAGUCUGAUGAAUGAACACUACAUUAUCGUCAGUGUCUAUGUGAAAUGUAGAAAAACUGUCACGUAUAGUUAAUUUGUCUCAUUUAGAAUAGUAGCUACUGUCAUACGUCUGAGGAUGAAGCUAGCUAGGCCACAAAAGCAGUAGCUAGCAGCCAAAAAACGUCAACGUCGCAACAUCUCAGAAGCAAGAGGUUCUCAAUUACAGGUAGACCUGACCAGACCUCUCUCCAGCACCAUGUGGGACCAGGAGAUCAGACAAAUGGCGUCCAGCCACGCCAUCAUGGCGUCAGGGGUGUUUAUGGCGACAGUGGUGCCAGCGGUGCUAGUGCCAGGUUUCUCUGUGUACGGGACACACCUGCUGUGGCUGUACUCUGUUGCAGGGGCGGUUGCCGUGGUCAACAUCACCCUGUUCUGGCUGCUGGGGGUCAGCUCCCCCACCAAGAAACACACUAUCACCUACAAGGUGUCUAGGUUGGUACGUUCCUGUCUCUACCUGCUCCUCUCCUGUCUGUUCUUCCACACUGUAGUGAUCCUGUAUGGAGCACCGCUACUGGAGACUGCGUUGGAGACUUUCUCUCUGGCUGUGUUGUUGACCAGUCUGACCACUCUGCGGUGUGUCUGUGUCCUUGGGCCCAACGUCCAGGCUUGGAUAAGAGUGUUCAGCCGACAUGGGGCCAUGUCGGUGUGGGACACCUCUCUACAGAUGGUGGUCGGCUGCAGUGUUGUCGGAGCCUGGCUAGGAGCCUUCCCCAUCCCAUUGGACUGGGACCGGCCCUGGCAGGUGUGGCCCGUCUCCUGCAGUCUGGGUGCAGUGAUUGGUUACCUGACUGGGCUAGUCGCCGCCCCUGCCUGGAUCCACUGGCACCGCAAACACCUCACCUACAAGAUCAAGUGAUGGACUGGGGAGAGAGUGAGUGAGGAAGUGAUGGACUGGGGAGAGAGUGUUCAUUUCUGUACGUGCAUAUGGUUUAUAGGUCAGUCCUCCAGGCAGCUGAUCCAUUAUCCCUGUAGUAAUCCUGCUGUAUUCCAUUGGUAUCUGAAUAUGUACUGGACUGUUGGAGUGGACAGGCUCUCUCCUGUAAAAUAUGUUGCCUUCAAAAAAGAUUCCAGACUUACCCCUUUUGACAAAUAAAGUCUUAGUUCUCUACA